GAUAACCGCGCAGAGUCUCUCGAAGUCAGCUCAGGGCCAGCCGCAGCCAUGCCUUACAACAUUGCGUGAGUCCCGUCGCAUGUGGUUCUCGGAGCGAGUCUAAUGGUCUGCACAGUAUGGUCAGUGACUUCUUCUUCCCCCAACCAGGUGGGGUGGAAAGUCACAUCUACCAGCUCUCGACCAAGCUCAUCGAUCGCGGACAUAAAGUCAUCAUCAUCACACAUGCGUACAAAGGGCGGACCGGGGUGCGAUACUUGACAAACGGGCUCAAGGUUUACCAUGUCCCAUUCUUUGUGAUCCACCGGGAGUCGACCAUGCCGACGGUCUUCUCUUUCUUUCCGAUCUUCCGCAACAUUGUCAUCCGCGAGCAGAUCCAGAUCGUCCAUGGUCAUGCGAGCUUGAGUAGCUUCUGUCAUGAGGCCAUUCUUCAUGCGCGCACCAUGGGUCUGCGGACAGUGUUCACUGACCAUUCGCUGUUUGGCUUUGCGGACGCGGCAUCCAUCUUGACCAACAAAUUGCUCAAGUUCAUCCUGAGCGACGUUGACCACGUCAUUUGUGUCAGUCACACUUGUAAAGAGAAUACAGUCCUUCGAGCCUCCCUGGACCCGCUGAUGGUGUCUGUGAUCCCGAACGCGGUGGUGGCUGAGAACUUCCGGCCGGCAGAACCGCGGUCCAUGAAGCCCAUUGGCCCCAAUGAUACCAUCACGAUCGUUGUCAUUUCCCGUCUCUUCUACAAUAAGGGUACCGAUCUGCUCAUUGCAGCUAUCCCGAGAAUCCUCGCGUCGCACCCGAAUGUACGGUUCAUUAUUGCGGGGUCCGGCCCCAAGGCGAUUGAUCUGGAGCAGAUGUUGGAGCGCAACGUGUUGCAGGACAAGGUUGAAAUGCUGGGACCGGUCCGGCACGAGGAAGUUCGAGACGUCAUGGUCCGUGGCCACAUCUACCUCCACCCCAGCUUGACCGAAGCCUUUGGUACGGUCAUAGUCGAGGCCGCCAGCUGUGGACUGUACGUGGUGUGCACACGAGUGGGUGGUAUCCCCGAGGUGCUACCUCAGCACAUGACGACGUUCUCAAAGCCCGAGGAGGACGAUAUUGUUCUAGCAACUGGAAAGGCCAUCGCUGCCUUGCGGUCGAACAAGGUGCGGACGGAUCGGUUCCAUGAUCAAGUGAAGAUGAUGUAUUCCUGGACCGACGUUGCCCAGCGCACCGAGCGAGUCUACCAGGGGAUCUCCGGGGAUAUCAGCCCGGAGGAGUUUUACGGAUACUACCCGGGCGAGGGUCUGGAGGCUAGCGGGGACCGUGUGCGGAGCUUCGCGCUGAUCGACCGGCUGAAACGAUACUAUGGAUGCGGUGUGUGGGCAGGCAAGCUCUUCUGUCUGUGCGUGGUGAUUGACUUUCUUCUCUACGCCUUUUUGGAGAUGUGGUUCCCGCGGGCGAACAUCGAUAUCGCACGCAGCUGGCCGAAGAAAAUACACCAACAGAACGAGAACCACUCACUAGGGAACGAGCAGAAGAACGACCGCGAGCGCCUACAUGCAAACUGA